AUGAAGGGCCACAAGACCCCCCCCACAGGUCCUCUUGUGAACCCGGGGGGGCUCAAGAAUGUGACCAACAAAGCAUGGGCUAAUUUUAUGCACAACACCCAAAAUUCAGAAGCAACUAGUAUUAAUGGCUCAAAAAAGAGGCCGUCGGACUCUUCACCCCCACCGAAUUGCGCAGCACCCUCAGUGCCGAAGACACCACCCCAAAAACCCAACUGUAUAUUGCAAAGCGUGACUGUCGAAAAUUUUGUAACAUUGAUCAACUCUGCUUGGGAAGCUGCCACUAGAUUAAAAACGGAACUCUCACCACCAACGCUAGAUGAAUCAGUCAAAAAGAAAAUUGAGGAUAUCUAUGUCAUGUUUGGUGCACCCCUCCCAAAGUUCCCAGACAUAACUCCCCUGUCCAUUGACCUUGAACACGCUACUGCCACAUGUAAGAGCUUGGCUCAAAUGAAUGCUACCCUUACAGCGGAGCUAGCGAAGCGCCCUCAGUACAAUCCCCCACAUCCCAGAACAACAACCACCCCACCAUCAUACACUCAGCAAACCCCAUCCCAAUCAAACCAACCAAGAAACCAAAUAAUAAACCACCCUAGCCACCUGAUCAUUGCCACUGACCCGCCGCUUCCUAUUCACAAGCGUAACAUACAGCCCGACACAAUCCGACAUAUUAAUAUGCUACUGAAGGAGAAGCAACCCAUGGCGAACAAGCAAAUCUUGGCUGCAUACUCCUCUGCAUGA